AUGGUUUGGGAAGUGUCGCAUGCGUUGCCAGGUGGCUGGUCUUUGACCGAAGUCGAAAGGGACAAGUGUCCAGGCUCACAGCUGCGAGCCCGAGGCCCCUUCCACCGGCGCGCCGCCAACAUGUCUCAGCCGUCUGAAGCAAAACGUCUCUCUGAGCUGACCGCAGUCCCUGCCGGCUGGCCCCUUGCGACCGUCAUCGACGCCUUCCUCGACUUGGCUCGAUAUCGUCCAAUCAGUGCUAACGCGGACCGAGCUCGCGAGGUGGUGAGUACUCGGCUGGUGGAGCUCUGGGCCUCGCAGCCGCAGGAGGCCGAGGCCUGGCUCCAGCGGUGCCGGGAGCGCUACGCAAAAGAGCUCGCGGGCAAGGAGACGAGGCCGGAGCAGCUCUUCGAGGCGCUGCUCCGGCACGGGGCGGCCGAGCAUGGCAAGUACGAGUCGGGCUUCUGGCUCUUCUCCGAGGCCGGGCUCCUGCGAGGAGAGUCGUGGGGCUCAGCAGCGGAGCGGGAGUACUGGGCGGCUGGGUACCUGCAGUGUCCCCACGUCCGCGACCGCUGCCGGGAGCUCGCGGAGCGGCUCGUGGCAGCCGAGAGCCAGGAGACGGCGCGGAAGCGGCAGAAGCUCGAGGAGGAGACCUCCGAGCGCGGCGCCUCGAAGCGGACCUCCAAACAUCGCAGGAGGAGGAGGGCCGAGAGCUCAGCAAUCGCCUGGCUGCGGCGGAGGCAAAGGAGCGGUGCGAAGAGCUCGCAGCUCGCGCAACAGGUGCGGAGGCAGUUGCAGGAGGAGCACAGCCAGUGCCAAGAGCGUUGUGAGGAGCUCCUGACUCGGUUGGAGGCAGAAGCAGCUGAGCAUGCAACGACCAAAGAGCGUCUCUCACAGGCCGCAUCCGAUGCGGCCGAAAGGAGGAUGGAGGCGGAGCGGCUGCUAGAGGAGAGUCGCAGCUACCAUGAGCGCUGCCGGCAGGCAGAGGCGGAGCGGCUGCAAGAGGAGAGUCGCAGCUACCAGGAGCGCUGCCGGCAGGCAGAGGUGGCCCGCUUGGCGUCGGCACAAGAUCCGGGAAGCAACGCCGAGCUGCAGCUCGAGAAGGCAGUGUUGCAAGACCGCUGCGAGCAGCUUCAGCAGCAGCUUACCAAAGCAGAGGCUGACAGAUCGGCAAUGCUUGGUCAGCUUUUAGAUCUGCGGGAAGAGCACGGCAUGCACAAGGAGCGCAUUCGUGAGCUGGAGAAGCAACUGCUUCAGGCGAAGAAGUCCCAUCAUCUCAACUCCGAUCACACACCGCAUUGCGAAGCUCCUGUCGACGAAGCCUCCAACAGCCAGGAACCAGAUCUUGCCGAGCGGCUGGGGUAUAGCUUCGUGGAUGACGACGGCACAGCCUCUUCGGUCUUGAGCCACUCCUCGUGGUUCUCAGUCAAGCCGGACUCCGUGAAACCCCAGUGCUUCAUGGUUGAUGCCAUCUUCAAGACGCGCAGCUUCGGGGCGGACUUCUUCUUGAUGGGGCGAGACCUCAAGAAAGGGUCGCAGGUGGUGGCCGGAGAUGACGCAUCUAUCCUGGAGGUGGCCAAGACGCCGGAGAUCUGCGAUGCCAGCGAGGUUGUGGAGUUGCAGGCGGGCACUGCAACUUUGCGGGUGACUCCGGACCACUUGGUGCAGGUCGCCGAUGCAAAGGCGGAAGAGAGCCUCUACCUUGCAGCUGGCAAGCUGAAGGCGGGCGACCUGGUGAUGCUCGACUCCGGGGAGGUCGCGGCCCUCAGCAGCGUCGUCCUUCGGCGUGAGGCCUGCCAGGUGCUGAAGAUCGUCUUUGAGCCCUAG